CGGAAGUGUGCGUCAUUUCUGGAGAGACGAGGCGAGCCUGAGCUAGCAACAAGCAAGCAUCAAAAUAACAACGAUGAAACCACGUAAAAGACCGUAAGUACUGCACGGUCGGUGUAAGUGCGUGUUUCCUCGUCGGUCACAGGUGAACGCAGAGCAGCGGGAAGUGCGCCAUGGCGACUGGCGGCGGCGGAUUGGCGUCAAACGUUGCAGGGAAGGUAGCAGCAUCCAAUGUGGCUCAGUCCGGAGCGGGCAGGACGGCCGCCGCGGCGCUCUCCGGUGUGCCAGUCUCCGCUCCUGCGCCGUCCAUCUCCCCCCCCGGUAUGGGCCUCCACCGGGAGCCCAUGUACAACUGGCAGGCCACGAAGAGCUCCCUGAAGGAGCGCUUCGCCUUCCUGUUCAACAACGAGCUGCUCAGCGACGUCAGGUUCAUAGUCGGAAAGGGCCGGCAGGCUCAGAGGAUACCGGCCCACAAAUUCGUCCUGGCCGCGGGCAGCGCUGUUUUCGAUGCCAUGUUCAACGGGGGGAUGGCCACUACCUCGGCCGAAAUAGAGCUGCCUGAUGUGGAGCCAGCAGCUUUUCUCGCCCUGCUCAGGUUCCUGUACUCUGACGAGGUCCACAUCGGCCCGGAGACUGUGAUGACAACUCUGUACACAGCUAAGAAGUAUGCAGUCCCUGCUCUGGAGGGCCACUGUGUGGAGUUCCUCACCAAGCACCUCAGAGCCGAUAAUGCAUUCAUGCUCCUCACCCAGGCCAGGCUAUUUGAUGAACCUCAGCUCGCCAGUCUCUGUCUGGACACCAUAGACAAGAGCACAGCUGAUGCUAUAAACGCAGAGGGCUUCACAGACAUUGACCUAGACACCUUAUGCGCAGUGUUAGAAAGAGACACACUUGGCAUCAGGGAGAACCGGCUGUUUGGGGCGGUGGUGCGCUGGGCAGAUGCUGAGUGUUACAGACAGCAGCUUCCCCUGACCUCAGAGAACAAACAGAAGGUUCUGGGGAAAGCCCUGUCACUCAUCCGCUUCCCACUCAUGACUGUUGAGGAGUUUGCUGCAGGGCCUGCCCAGUCUGGAAUAUUGUUCGAUCGGGAGGUGGUAAAUCUGUUUUUACACUUUACAGUAAACCCCAAACCACGGGUAGACUACAUUGACAGACCCCGCUGCUGCCUCAGGGGGAAGGAAUGCAGCAUUAAUAGGUUCCAGCAGGUUGAGAGUCGAUGGGGGUACAGUGGUACCAGCGACAGAAUCAGAUUCAAUGUUAAUAGAAGAAUAUCAAUAGUGGGGUUUGGCUUGUAUGGUUCAAUACAUGGACCCACUGACUACCAGGUCAACAUACAGAUCAUUGAGAGCGACAAAAGCCUUACACUGGGGCAGAACGACACAGGAUUCAGUUGCGACGGCACAGCAAACACCUUCAGAGUGAUGUUUAAGGAGCCUGUGGAAAUCCUACCCAAUAUCAGCUACACUGCUUGUGCCACUUUAAAGGGCCCUGACUCUCAUUACGGCACCAAAGGGCUGAAGAAAGUGACGCAGGAAUCAGCAACAGGGACCAAGACUACAUUUUUGUUCUUCAGUUCGCCUGGAAAUAACAAUGGUACAUCAGUGGAGGACGGGCAGAUACCAGAGAUCAUCUACUACACCUAGACUCGAACAUUUUGUCAAGCAGGUACACUGAACCAGAGUGACCUCAGACUGCUGGGAAGACUGGAUGCUGGAGAGAUUGUGCCUCAUGUUUAUGUGGAGUAAAGAAUGUGUGUGUGUGUGUGUGUGUGUGUGUGUGUGUGUGUGUGUGUGUGUGUGUGUGUGCGCGCACUUGCAUCUGUGCAUGUCUGCCUAUACAUUGAUGUGCAGACAUGGUUUUGAUUGAGUUUGGAGUGGGAAUCUGGUAGAGACUGGCUGGAGUUUUAGGGAAAUCAGUUUGUCUAGUUUGAAAAAGCUUUUUGGGCAUAAACGUAUCAUUGGUUGUAAAUUACCCAAAUACUGGUGCUCUGUCUGUUGGCAGCCAGUGCAAGAGUCUAGUUUCCAUGUUUGUAAUCGUAGACACUACCACUCGCUGGUUGAUGCCAUUUCGUCCUGUCAUUUUGUCCCAUUUUUGCUGAUGUGGUUAAUACCAAACCUGUAUACUUCUACCAUCUUUUAUUGUGCACUACUUUAUCAUUUAUUCAGCAGGUGUCUUCAAAGUAUUUUGUUUUGUUUUGUUUUGUUUUUUCUCUCCAAUGUAAUGAUGAUGAGGAUUAAUGUGUGCAUCAAUGUGUUUGCCAGUGGUACAUGCUGUAAUUUAUGAUACCAUGUUGUUUGCUUAGCACUUCAUUAAAAAGUAAGAAAAAAAAAACGUUCCAGGACUUUUAUGCCGAAAUGAAAGAGAAUUUCUAUUUUUAGGUUUUGUUUUUGUUUUUGUUUUUGUUUUUUUGGCAAUAAAAUGUGUCCGAGA